AUGGUGCUUGAUUGGAAACAACCUAAGAAUGUAUCUGAGAUCCACAGUUUUCUAGGUAUUGCGGGUUAUUAUCGAUGGUUUGUCAAGGGAUUCUCUCUGAUUGCAGCUCCUUUGACUAAGCUUCUGCCCAAGGGACCUAAAUUUGGUAAGGAGUUUGUAGUGUAUAGUGAUGCAUUGCACGUCAAUUUGGGAUGUGUACUGAUGCAAGAUUGUAAGGUUGUGGCUUAUUCGUCCCUUCAGCUUAAGUCACAUGAGGGGAAUUAUCCGAUACAUGAUCUCAAGUUAGCUGUUGUGGUUUUUGCGUUAAAGAUCUGGAGACAACGUCGAUGGAUUGAGCUGCUUAAAGAUUAUGACUGUAAGAUAGAGUAUCAUCCUGGUAAGGCUAAUGUGGUGGCCGAUGCUCUCAGUUGUGGAGCGAUAACUGAUUUGAGAGCGAUGUUCGCUCGUCUUAGUCUGUUCAUUGAUGGAAGUUUGUUGGCUGAGUUGCAAAGUGGCAGUACAUCUGAUUUUGGGCUGAAUAAAGAUGGGGUUCUGUGUUUUCGAGGUCGAAUUUGUGUGCUGAAUAAGUUUGAUCUGAGACAGUCGAUUUUAAGGGAGGCGCAUAAUAGCCCUUAUGCUAUGCAUCCCAGUGGUAAUAAAAUGCAUCGCGAUCUUGGUGAGUUGUACUGGUGGCCGAGUUUGAAGCGUGAGGUGACGGAUUUUGUUGUUUAUUGUCUAAUGUGCCAGCAGAUUAAGGCUGAGCACCAGUUGCCUUCAGGUUCAAGAUUAGACUUUAGUACUGCGUUCCACCCUCAGACCGAUGGUCAAUCUGAGAGGGUAAUUCAGAUGCUGGAGGAUAUGCUUCGAAGCUGUGCGAUUGAUUUUCGAGUUCGUACUCCGCUAUGUUGGGCUGAGUUGGGUGAGCAUCAGAUUUUGGUUCCUGAGUUGGUUUCCGAGGCUGAGAUUAAGGUUAGACUGAUUCAAGAUCGUUUGAAGGCAACUUCUGAUAGACAACAGUCCUAUGUGGAUCUGAAAAGGGGAGAUAUCGAGUACUUUGUGGGUGACUUCGUAUUUCUUAAGGUUUCUCUGUGGAAGAAAGUUUUGAGAUGCGGUCGUUAG